AUGGCAAACUGGUCCGAUCUCCAACAUGAUAUGUUGGGAUUGAUAGCCCAACACCUUGACAAGAUUGAAGAUUAUGUGGCUUUUGGCGCAGUUUGCAAGUCAUGGCGGGCAGCCGCCACUGAGAAAAAUUUCAAGGGCCUGCGACUAUGGCAACAGAUUCCCUGCCUUAUGCUUUCUGCGAAGGAUGAUUUCAAUCGGGAGUUCUAUAGUUUGAUGGAGAAACAAGUCGUUGCUAAGGUGAGCUUGCCUCAACUUAAAGGCAAGAAGUGUUAUGAAUCUCUAGGAUGGUUGUUGACUAUAGGACAACAAGGGGAGAUGAGCCUGUUGAAUCCCUUCUCUGGUGUUGAAAUUGAGUUACCAAAUAAAAAUACUUUUCCUGAAUAUGAUGAGUAUGAGACGGAUCCUGAUAUCUUUGUCCGUAAGAUGGUUUUGUCAUCGAGGCCAAGUCGAGAGGCCCCAGAGGACGAUGACUUUGUGGUGAUGAUCAUCGGUGGAGGGGUUGGAUUCUUGGCUUUCUGGAGGCCAAAGGAUCUUAGGUGGAAUAGGAUCGAGACCAGAAACUCUUCCUAUGCGGAUGUCAUAUAUACUAAUGGCCAGUUCUACGCAAUUGAUCAUAUGGGCAACGUCGUGGUUUGUGACGUUUUGGAGGCAAACCCUACUGAUCAGGCUCGAAUAAUUGCUCGGUUUAGCCCUAAAUUAUGGUACAAAAAAGAGUUAUACUUAGUAAAAUCUUCGUCUACAGAUGGUGAACCUUUUCUGGUUGUCACACGAGACAACAUCCCCAAUUAUGAGGACGAACAAGGUUUUGAAUUGGAUAAACCGAUCUAUGGUACAACCGAAUUUCAGGUGUUUGAAUUGGUUUCCACAACAGGAGGAAAAGAACUUACAUCCCGUUGGAAAGAAGUCAAGAAUUUGGGAAGCAGAUCAAUUUUUCUUGGCCAUAGUUCUUCAAUGUGCCUGGAAAACAACAAAUUGGGCCCCGGAAUCAAGCCCGGUCAUAUAUAUUUCACGGACGAUGCAUGGGAAGCAUAUCUUGAAAUUCCUGAAGGCGGCGGCAAGGACAUGGGAGUCUACAACUUGGAAAAAGGAGUAACUGCGCCCUUGUAUGAUGCCCCCUUGCGGCUUAGCCGAACCUGCCCAACUAUUUGGAUUACACCAAAUUUUUAA